AGCGGGGUCCCCAGCCCUGCCCCGCGGGGUCGGUGGCAGCGGGGCGCGCGUCCCCUCGCCCGUGCGCCUUUCCCAGGCCGGCACGCGGUCACGGCACGGCUCUUAUCUCGGGUCCGGCCGGCACAAAGCGUCCUGCACAGGUGAGCUCGGGGAGGUGCCGGGCGCGGGGACCUUCCGGGGGGGCCGUUGGGCUGCCCCCGGCUGCCCCCAGCUCCAGCCCCACCAGCGCCGUCCUUCGCCGCCUCCACAUCACCCUCCCCGCCUGGCAGCUCUUUGCCUUUCGACCCAGCGGCACGGGCACGGGGCACCUGCCGGGGGGGCUCCGUGCCCCGUGUGCUCCCCCCCCCCCCGGCUCCAGCGGCUGCUUUUCAUCUGGGCCAUUAUUUUUUGCUGUGAUCCAAUUUUUUUUUUUUUUUUUUUUUUUUUGUUCCAUGGCCCGGAGCUGGAAACAAUGGGCUGCAGCCAGCGGUGGCGCCGGGGGGGCUGCUCCCAACAAGGUCCUGUCCCUUGCCACUGUCCCUUGUCCCCUUGCCUGUCCCUGCCGGUUGGGCAUCGCUCACUGGGAAGGGCUCGCGGCGGCACCUGGGGUCCUCAGCGCCGCACGGCCGCCCCGGGGCUGAGUUGUGUCAAUGGAGUUGGCUUUAAUGAGCUCACAGCGGGUGAGGGCGAGCGACUCGCGAGCGACUCACGGCUGUUGACAGCUUCGCGCUGCCGGCCGUGCGCUGAGACCGGGGGGGGUGUGCAAAGUUUGGGGAGAGGAAAACACCGAGGUGCGAGCCCCAGAGAGCCUCGAGCACGUGUGACAUCGGAUGCUCGGGGCUUGCUCUCUGCUCUGGGCUGCCCAGAGCAGUGUGAGGGUGCCCCCGUCCUGCCCGCAGCCAUAGGGACCCCCGUGUCCCCAAGAACCGGCCCCUGCAGCACCACAGGCACCUCCUCUAUGCCCAAUCGGGGGGGGGCUGGGGGCUGCCAGCGCCUCUGCGUCCCCCCACCGCCGCCUCGUGCUGAUGGGAAACAUCAAAGCUUUGUUUUCGCACAAACCUGCCACGCUCCCGCAUCUGCUGCCGACACCGAGCCGCGGCUCCGUGCUCCGGAGAGGCCGGGGGGGCUGCGGUGCCGCUGCCUCGCCCCCGCCGGCUGCCCGUGGGCACGGUGAGCACCGGGCGGCCGGACCUGGCCUCGGGGACUGAAUGUGCCGCCUGGCUCCGGCGUCGCCUCCUCCCGGCCUUGAGCAAGUCCCAGUUGGGAGGCAGCUGGCGGCUUAUUUCCUAACGGGGAGGAUGCAGCCGGCUGCUCUGCGCUCCAGCAGCCCCGCGCAUCCACCCGGGGGGUGCUACCAACCCGUCCCCCCCCCGCCUGUGCCCCCAUCCCUGCGCACUCUCCCGGUGCCCGGCUGCAGCCUGGGCGGCUCCCGAGCAGGACGGUGCAUCCGGCAGCGUGUUUAAUGAGCAACGCGUGCCGCGGCCACGCCAAGGCAAACGGGGCCCAGCUGCCUCCGGAGCAGGGCCGGGGGUCCCCCAGCCCUUGGGGUCUCUGCUGCGGAGGCGGCACGAUGAUGGCACCGACUGUCCCUUGUCCCCACACCGGGGCGGUGCUGGUGCCGUGGCUGCCCUCAGAGGGGCUGGCAGCGCCGGGUGCCUUCGCCGUGCUGGGGAUGGCUCGUCCCCUGGGGACAGCCUGGGGACACGUGUGUGGCCUGGUUGUCCCUACAGCUCUCCGGGGGUUUGGCACCCUGUGGGGAAGAUGUCAGGGCGGGGGGAUGUCGUCCUGCCUAACCCUGUCCCCAGCAUCCCCCUGUCCCCAGCAUCCUUGCCCACCACGUGCACGGUCCCUAGAGUCCGGCACGGUUGAGCUGCUCGAGCCGGCGUGCUCGGGGCAUUGCAGCAGCUGAAAUGAAAUGUUCAGAGCAACAGGGUGGGCACGUGGGGGGGGAUCCGGCCCCACGGGGUCCCGGCUCUCCUGUGCGUUCUCUCUUCCAGUCCGAGUACCACUACGAGUACACAGCGUGCGACAGCGCGGGGUCGCGGUGGAGGGUGGCCGUGCCGCACACGCCGGGACUCUGCACCGGGCUGCCGGACCCCGUCAAGGGCACCGAGUGCUCUUUCUCCUGCAAGGCAGGUGAGUUCCUCGACAUGAAGGCGCAGUCGUGCAAGCCCUGCGCCGAGGGCACCUACUCGCUGGGCACCGGCGUGCGCUUCGACGAGUGGGACGAGGUGCCCCACGGCUUCGCCAACGUCGCCACCAACCUGGAGGUCGACGACAGCUUCGGCGACACGGUGGAGAACUGCACGGCGUCGACGUGGGUGCCGCUGGGUGACUACAUCGCCUCCAACACGGACGAGUGCACGGCCACCCUCAUGUACGCCGUCAACCUGAAGCAGUCGGGCACCGUCUCCUUCGAGUACAUCUACCCCGACAGCAGCAUCGUCUUCGAGUUCUUUGUGCAGAACGACCAGUGCCAGCCCACGGUGGAGGAGUCGCGCUGGAUGCGGACCACGGAGAAGGGCUGGGAGUUCCACAGCGUGGAGCUGAGCCGCGGCAACAACGUGCUCUACUGGAGGACCACGGCUUUCUCCGUGUGGUCCAAGGUCCCCAAGCCCGUGCUGGUGAGGAACAUCGGGAUCACAGGAGUCGCCUACACCUCCGAGUGCUUUCCCUGCAAACCCGGCACCUACGCCGCCGCCGCCGGCUCCUCCUUCUGCCAGCUCUGCCCCGCCAACACCUUCUCCAGCAAAGGCGCCACCGCCUGCCAGCCCUGCGAGCCGGCCACCUACGCGGAGCAAGGCUCCGCGUCCUGCAAGGUGCGGCCGCCCUGCACGGACAAGGAUUACUUCUACACGCACACAGCUUGCGAUGCCAACGGGGAGACCCAGCUCAUGUUCAAGUGGGCAGAGCCGAAAAUCUGCAACGAGGAGCUGCCGCAGGCAGCCCAGCUGCCCCCCUCGGGGGUGAAAACCAAGUGCCCCCCCUGCAACCCUGGUUUCUUCAAAAGCAACAGCAGCGCCUGCGAGCCCUGUCCCUACGGCUCCUACUCCAACGGCUCAGGCUGCGUCCGCUGCCCGGCUGGCACCGAGCCGGUGCUGGGGCUGGAGUACAAGUGGUGGAACGUGCUGCCCCCCAACAUGGAGACCACCGUGCUCAGCGGCAUCAACUUCGAGUACAAGGGGAUGGCAGGCUGGGAGGUGGCUGGGGACUACAUCUACACGGCGGCAGGAGCCUCCGACAACGACUUCAUGAUCCUCACGCUGGUGGUGCCUGGCUUCAGUCCCCCGCAGCCGGCGCUGGAGGACGGGGACAGCAAGGAGGUGGCCAGGAUCACCUUUGUCUUCGAGACCAUCUGCAGCGUCAGCUGCGAGCUCUAUUUCAUGGUGGGUGUCAAUUCCCGCACCAACACGCCGGUGGAGACGUGGACGGGGCCCAAGGGGAAGCAGUCGUACACCUACGUGGUGGAGAAGAACGCCACCAUGAGCUUCACCUGGGCGUUCCAGCGCACGCCCUACCACGAGGCGGUCCGCUCCCUCUGCUACAACAACUGCAGCUUCUCGCUGGCGCUGCCGGGCCGCACGCUGCACUACGACUUCUCGGCGCUGGCCGCCAGCACGGCGUUCGCCAGCGGCCCCAGCUUCACCUCCAAGGGCCUCAAGUACUUCCACCACUUCAACGUCAGCCUCUGCGGCAACCGCGGCAGGAAGGCGGCCUCGUGCACGGACAACGUGACGGACGCGCGGCUGCCGGACGAGGGGGGCGCGGGCCGGGUGGUGACGUCCCACGUGUGCCAGGCCAUCGUGGUGCCCUCCGACGUGGUGGGCUACCGGGCGGUGGUGUCCUCGCAGCCCGUCAGCCUGGCUGACCGCGUCGUGGGUGUCACCACGAGCCCCACGCUGGACGGCAUCACCGCGCCCCCCGAGCUCUUCCCCCCUGCCAACCCCGAGCUGCCCGACAUCAUCUUCUUCUACAGGUCCAGCGAGGUGACACAGUCGUGCAGCGGGGGCCGGGCCACCACCAUCCGCCUGCGCUGCGACCCGCUGCUGCCAGGCACCGGCAGCCUGGCUGUGCCCAGCAAAUGCCCCGAGGGCACCUGUGACGGCUGCGCCUUCCACCUGCUGUGGGCGACGGCCGAGGGCUGCCCGCGCUGCUCCGCCGGCCACUUCCGCGCCAUCGUGGGCGCCUGCCAGGGCGGCCUGCAGAGAACCACCUACGUGUGGCGGGAGCCCCGGCUGUGCCGCGGGGGGCAGCGCCUGCCCCCGCCGAGGGUCCGCAGCUGCCGCAGCGCCGAUUUCUGGCUGAAGGUGGGGGUCUCGGUGGGGACGUGCGUGGCCGUGCUGCUGGCUGCCCUGGCCGCAUACUUCUGGAAGAAGAACCAGAAGCUGGAGUACAAGUACUCCAAGCUGGUGAUGAACGCGGCGGCCAAGGAGAGCGAGCUGCCGGCGCCCGACAGCUGCGCCAUCAUGGAGGGCGAGGACGCCGAGGACGAGCUCAUCUUCGCCACCAAGAAGUCGCUGCUGGGCAAGAUCAAGGCCUUCACCUCCAAGCGCACCCCAGAUGGCUUCGACUCCGUCCCGCUGAAGCCGUCGUCCGGCGGCACCGACCUGGAGCUGUGAGGGGGCCGUGCCCGCCCCCCCCCCCCCCCGCCCCCGUGGCCUUACGGACCCGCGGAGCCCCCGGGGCACUUUUGUACCCCCCCAGUUCCCCCCGGGAAUAGCCACGAAAUGCCAAACACAGGGGGUGGUGAGCCAGCCCGGCCCCGCGGCCCCCCCAGCCGCGCACGGGAACAGCAGGAGCAGCCCCUGCGUGUGUGGCAGGUGUGUGCGUGGGGGGUGCACACGCGUGUGGCAGGCGUGUGCGCAUGCCAGCGGUGUGCUCGUGCACAGGUGAUUUUGCACGUGGCUGUGGGUGCACGCAGGUGUGUGCGGGCGGGCCUGGUUGCAGGGUGUGUGCGUGCAUGGGGCUGUGUGUGCACGGCACGCGUGUGCACGAGCUCCUGCGUGUGUGCCCCGUGCUCUGCAGCCACAGCGUGGGGCGCGGAGGCAGGCAGGGGCUGGCUGUGCCGUGUCACACCGUGUUGUGCCGUGUCACGCCGUGCCAUGCCACGCUGUCACACGGUGUCACGCCGUGCCAUGCCAGCCGUCCCACGACCCUGUGCCAGCCCCGCUCCCCCUCUCCUUGCCUUGCCCCCCCCCCCGGGAAUCACCAAUUGGGGUGGUUCUGCCCCAAAGCGGGUGCCCCCGUGCCGGCAGCCCCCAGCACCAUGUUCCCCCCCUGCUGGGGGGUCCCUCCCGUGGGUGUCCCCGGGGGGGCGGCUGCUGCCCCGCGGCUCCAGCCCCCCCCUUUUUACAGCGAUCUCCACGUUUUCUAGGCGGCGCCGGGAGGCCCCGCAUGUCCCGGCCGUGCAAUAAAGGCGACGUUUCUGAGU